AUGGGUGGCUCCAAGAAGAGGAAAAAGCAAGGGGGCUCCCCAAAAACGCCCCAGGAAGAAAAGCUGACCCAGAAGGGAAAAGAAACCUCCAGAGGAGCAGCCAUGGAGGUAGACCAGACCCCAGGACUGCAGCAAUGCCCAGCAGAGACUGUGAGUGGGGUACAGGGGCAGGGGGAGGCUUUUGGGGUGCUAGAGAAGAGGGGGGAAGUGGGGGCAGAGGAUCCCCUGGAUUUGGGGGGGCAGCAGCCCCCCAGGGAAGGAGGAGGGGGGCCCCAGUUGGGAAAAAGCCUUGAAAACCCUGCAGAGAGGCAGACAGCCAAGGCAGCCAUUGGAGAAGAUUUUUUGGAAGAGGCUGCAAGGAAAAAACCCAGGAAUGAGGGGGAUCAGGCUUCAGGAGAGGGGUUUGGGGGUGCCCAGGGUCCCCAGGAGGGUCCUCAAGAAAGGGGGAGAGCACCCAGCAGAGGGGGGACUCAGGGUGCAGGGGAUAAAGGGGGACAGAAGCCCGAACAGAAGAAACUGCUCCCACCCAUAAACAGGGGACACAGCUCUCGCAGGCAUAAAGACAUGGGGGUGCGGGGUGCUCCCAGCACAGAGACAGACUCCAGCGAUGAAGAAAGGGGAGAGUCUGGGAGACCCCUGAAAGAAGGGGUGCAUGGCUGCAGAGCACGCAGUGCAGAAAAAGCCAGCGAAAAAUUUAGGGUGCGCAGCAGAAGCAGCCUGAGAGGAAACUCGGUGGGUGCAAAAUCAGCACCUUGUUCCAAAUUUCCUGGGGUCCCCAAACCAAGGGGGUCUGAAAGUGGCGUCAUGGGCUCGGAGGAAAGUGCAGGAGACCCCUUUCCACAGCGUUCAGGGGAACCCCCACAAGAAAAUCCCCAUCCAAAAGGCUUUUCUACAAGUCUCCAGGGCAACCCUGGAGAUCCCAUAGGGGGAUGGCAAGCACUCGCAGUUCAGGAGGUCGGUCGGAUGACUCAGAGUCACAAGGAGAUGAGUCAGAGUCACAAGCUAGACGCUGCGGAGCCAGGGAGGGGGGAUGUUGCUGGGCAGACUAGAGGAGCAACUGGCCAAUCAGCAAGGCUUGGAGCAGGGAGGGGGGCUGUUGCUGGGGAAGAAGGAGUGGAAAGAGGGGAGGGGGGCGAUCUCCAGGGAGGGUUGACACCAGAGAAACGCAUAAAUCUCCAAGUUAAUGAGCUGCCCAGUGAAGAGAUCCAGCAGCCAUUGCAAAGCCUGCAGAGGGACGAGGAGAGCCAGGAGGGACUCCCAGAAGGCAGCCAGCGGCCUUGUGGGCUGCAGGGCCCAGCUGCACAGCAAGGUAAGAGCGCUGUUGCGCUGUGUGUAACACCAGAACCCACAAUGCACACACUUAAAACAGGUGCUUGGGAAGGGAUGGCACAGGAGCAAAAGCAAUCCUCUGGGGGCCCUUUUGCGGAUUUUCUCGGCCAGGCAACCGCGCAGGAGGCUGAAAUUCCUGGUGGGGAGAGAGGGGGAGAGGGACUCGAAGGGGAGAAUGUUCCCAGUGGGGGGCUUCAGGGGGAACCCCGGGGUCCGGCCAAGGAAAUGGAAGAGGAAAUGAAAGAAUUGGGUUCCCUUGCGUGCGAGCGGCAGGGGCCCCCGGGACCACGCCCAGGGGUGGCAGGGGAGGCGGGAGGAAGGGGAGAUGUUGUUCAGGCUGAACCCCGGGGGGACAGCGGCCCAGGGGGGGCGCAGGCAACACAAGCCUCGGGGGGCUCUUUUGAGUCCGUGCUCCGGCAAGGGAGUGCACAGGUGCCUGAAAACGGUGCGGGGGUGAGAGGAAGGGAGGGGGCAAUGGGUGAACCUGACAUCAACACUGGAUCACAUGGGGAACUCCUGGAUCCGGUAGGGAAACUGAAAAUUCUGGGAAAAGGGGGGGCGUCCCGGGACGGUCAGGAGGAGUCUCCGGGGUCCAGCCUGAGGGUGGCAGAGGUUGCGGGAGAGAGAGGAGACACCAUCCAAAACUCCUCCCCGGAGACAGGGGGCUCAGGGGAGGCGCAGGCCACAAAAGCCUCGGGGGGCCCUUUUUGCUCUCUGGUCGAGCAAGGGAGGGUGCAGGGGGCCAAAACCGAAGGAGGUGCCUCAGAGGGAGGAGGAGCAAUGGUGGACACUGGCUGCAGCGGCAGAUGCCCGAGGAAACCCCUGGGUCCGGCAGGAAAUGGGAAGGCACCACAGGGGGGUCCCCGGGGGCCCCCAGGACCCGGUCCGGAGGUGACAACGGAAGCGGGGGAGAGGGGAGACUUGGCCCAGGCCCUCCCAUCGGGGGAGAGUGGCUCCGGGGGGGCGCAGGUGACACAAGCCUCGGGGGGUACCUUUUUGCGGCACGUCCCACCGGGAACCUCGCGGGAAGCCAAAAACGGGGGACAAGGUGGAGGAGGGGAAGGAGUGUCAGGGGAGGAGGGUGCUGGGCGGGACCCCAGAAAAGAGGCGGGAGAGGGGCCACGGGAGGGAGAAAAAUCCCUUGUUGCAGGAUUUUCUGGCCCGGUCCAGGUGGGAACAGGCGGAGACUCGGCCCCCGCAGGUAUGGAAUGGCAGGCGGAAGCUGCGGGAGGUCAUCCGGAUGGUGAACUGGCACUGGCAUCGGCAGAAGAGGAGGAAGCGAGUGACAUCGAUGAGGCGGAGAGGCACCAAAAGCGGGCUGCCCUGCUCUUGCAGUGUCAGUGGGGGGAGGACGGGGAAGAAGAUGGGAACCUGCAGGACAUGGAGGACCUGGGGGCGGAGGACGAGGUGAGGAUCGCCACGCCUAUUACUGGCACAGGACAGGCCUCGGACCAGGAUGGGAUGGGAGGCUGGGGGGUUCAUCGGGGCCGCUCCAGCGAUCGCAAGGUGAGAAGGGUGGGGAGUCGACAAAGCUCAGGAGGGAAGGAAUCGGACGGGGAACCGCAGUCCAGGGAGGCGCUCAUCAGGGAGGGGUGGCAGGCCCAGCUGGACGGGGAUUUCCGGGUGGUGGAGUCCAUUCUCUUGCCCAACCAGCCUCAGCAAAAGGACCUGCUCCGGUUUUGGGGGUUCCUGGUGUCACGGCUCAGGUUGGCGGCGGUCCCUACAGGGAGGUGCGGCCGCAUGGAGCACGCCAAGCAGCAAGUGCUCACGGCUGCGAGGCCCGGUGGUCCUGGCGGCAUGCAGCGAGGGAGCUGGGACUUCGGUGAGGAGGGAGGAAGCCAAGGCCCGAAGGCCGCCAAAGGCGGCGACCAUGGCGGCAGCGGUGGAGGCGGUUCACUGGCGGAUGACCAGGAGGGCUGCAGCUCAGGCUCGGUGCCUGUCCCCGGGUACACAGGGGAGCCGGAGGAAGUGAGCUGGAAGGAUAGCCGAAGAUGGGGCCGAGUGGAUGACCAACUUGGUGCUCGUUACUGCGGCUCAGAGCGCAGCAAGAUGAAGGACAAAGAACGCGAAGCAGUCGGCGGUGGCUGCUCCCCGAGGCGGUGGGGCCUUGCAGGAAGCACCGAGUGA